AAUGCAAGCCAGGCAGGGGCAAAUCUUUGAGAACCAUGGAAACCACGCUUCCUGGCUUGGAGUUUUUCUCGCAGGCACUGAGAAGGCAUUUCAACAUUAAGCAGAAGGACGACAUGACUGACCAGUGUUUUAGCUACAUCACACUGAAAUCCCAUGAGCAGCUUCCCGGCGGAUGCAGGAGCAGAGCAUGGACUGUGUGGCAGUGAGCGUGUGCAUUACCUACACCCUGAGAAGGUGGGUGAGAGGAAAGGGCAGAGCCGAUGGGGUCCUGAAAAGGAGACAUGGGGUCAUGAUGACAGUGACUUCCUUCUGGCUGUGCCUGAGCAGGAAUGAGGAGAUGGGCAGCCUCCUCUGGAGAGCAUCUUCAGGAGGAUGCAGGCUUCCAAGAAGAAAGAUGGAGAGAAGCUCUGUACACAGAAGGCAAGUUCAGCAAAUGUUCACAGCUUCCAAGGGCCUCCCUCAUAAAAUGUCCACACUAAGUGAAACAGUUUCUUCACCUUGAGAAUCCCAGCUGUUUAUCAUGGUGAAAGUCCAGUGAAUUGGGAGCCCAAGAGAAAACUGCUCUGCACACAGAAUUUAGCAUUGACAGCUCUCACAGUCACUUUCAUGCACUUUGUACUCACAAAAGUAACCCCCUCGGGGCUGCGUGAACUUUGAGAAGUUCUGUGUUUCCAGCAGGGCCCAGAUUAAGCAGUUUUUGAUUAUUCAAUUGCUGACUGAUUUGAUCUGAGCUAACUGUUCAGGCUUAGUUGCCUCACUCAGAAAAGCCCUUGGGACAAAAACCUGCGUCUACUCUGCACAGGCCACAAAACCUACAAACAGAAAUUACAACAGGCCUUGAGGUACGCUCAGCACACUCCUGCAGGCCCACGGCUCAUUCUAAAGUCUGAAUAUACAAACCUGAAAACGUCCCAAGAAUGCAGUGAACGCUCUGAAGUUUGCCGGUAUGUUGACAAAACCCACCCCUAAUAAAUACCUGCCUCCCUGAGAAAGGUUUGCCAGACCUGCAGUGAGGCCAGAGCUCAGCCCAUGCUCAGAGAAGUGACAGAUGCCACCACACCUUUGUGAAGAUUUGGCUAAAAGGACAAUAUGGAGGAAAGACAUGGUUGGUGGGGGAGCCCACCAAGGCUUCUCAGUAGGCUCGGGACUUUUGCUGGUAGAUUUGACUUCUACCAGCCCUUCCUCGGCUUUUCCACUUUAAGGGAAUGGGGCUGGGGGAGGGGGGGUAGGCCUGAAGCUUGUGAAGGAAGAACAGAGCCAGAGCUGCUGGCCCUGGUGCACAAGGACCUCGCAGUGUUUGUCUGCCGAGGCACCUGCCCAUGAGGGACUCCCACCUGUGGUGUCCCUUUGGCGCACCUGGUAGGAGAGGAGGGGCUCACAGCUUCUCUUAUUGACCAGUGACCACUAAUCUUCAAGUUGCUUGUGUUUAGAAGGAGCCCUACAGCGGUUCACUAAAGGUUUGCCUCGGCUCUGUCAUCUGACAGGAGUCACCCAGGUUUUGGGGUGAGUGUAUGAGGUUGAUCCCUCCCCCAUUUGUUCCCUACAAUCCCAUCACUAUCAUUUCAUAUCAGUUAACUGUUCUCAGGGAAUUUGCUUUAGGAUCAUACAGGUCCUGCCUUCACCAAGCAUCCUCACCUUGAUUUCAAACAGCAUCCCAACCCUCCAUUCAACAAACAAAUGGAACAUGGAAAGAAAGUCAAAAACCUCAGUUGGGUGUUAACGGUUGGCAGAAUUUUUCUACUUUCAGUUUAACAAUGACAGUACAUGUACUAUAAAAUAACUUGCAUUAUUUUAUAAAAGACAAAUAACAAUUUGUAUCUCAUUUCCGAGGCUCAACAAGUGACACGUUGCAGAAUAUUCUAGGUUUUGUGCUCAAGACGAAGCUAACCCAUGUUUUUGCGGUUCUAAUUCAAAGAGGGUGGGUGUCUCAUCUGUGUUCAGAACAGAAGGUCCUCUUAAAGAUGUGAAGACUACCCUUUGUUUGCAGUCACAGAAACUGUCUUUCAAAUAACUAAAGGAUCCGUUUUACCGGGAUAUUUUCCAGGAAAGCAAGGUCAGGCUGUAUCCCAAAGCUAGUGUCAGUUAUCAGCUUGCCUUCGUUUGGGAGGGUGCCUCUUUAACCAGCUUAAAAAUCGCCAGGGGUUUUCUCCAGACUCCACUGACAGCCUCCACCCCCACCUCAAGAAUGAAUGAGGGGAAAACAAACAACUAUUCCAAGUUCCUUUUGAUCUCAAUAACAUCACCCAAAACUGGAAGAUAACUCCUUGCGGACUCCCACCUGACAUCAGAGGAAAAGGACUGAGAGCAAGUCCCUCGCCCGCCCUUCUGCUUCUGCAGAGCAGUGGCCGCACGCACCAAAGAUGAGACCUCGGGGACCCAGGGUGCGGUCAGGCAUGGGGCUGUGAACCCUAACCAGCUACACCUGGAAAGUCAGCCCGGACGUCACAGUCAGAAAGCGGCCCCAGCGCCCCAGGCUGGCCCUCGCAGUGAGACUGCGCCGGCUCGGCAGCCAAUCGACGGCCGCCCAGACGUUGCUAUGGCCACGCCGCCUGUUAGGACUGUGCACGCCCCAACCCGGCAGCCAAUCGGCGGUCGCCUAUCCGUUGCCAUGGCUACCCUGCUUGUUAGGGCCGCGCACGCGCAGUGGAGACCCGCCGGCAGCCCCAGGCUCAGGGCUCGCGAGGAUCCAACAGCCGCGCGUGGACACCGGCCACAGCCCGGUUCCCCGAGCGCCAGGCAUGAAUCGCAAGAAGCUGCAGAAGCUGACGGAAUCCUUAACUAAAGAUUGCAAGCACUUUAAUAAAUUUGAAGUAAAAUGUCUUAUCAGCCUUUUCUACAACUUGGUGGGGGAUGUGACGGAGCGGCAGGGCGUGGUUGUCGGGCUCGACAGGAACGCCUUUCGGAACAUCCUGCACGUGACGUUUGGGAUGACGGAUGACAUGAUCAUGGACAGAGUGUUCCGCGGUUUUGAUAAAGACAAUGAUGGCUGCGUAAGUGUCUCAGAGUGGGUUUACGGAUUGUCGGUGUUUCUUCGAGGAACUUUGGAAGAAAAAAUGAAAUAUUGCUUUGAAGUGUUUGACUUGAACGGUGACGGCUUCAUCUCCAAGGAGGAGAUGGUCCACAUGCUGAAGAACAGCCUCCUCAAGCAGCCGUCGGAGGAGGACCCGGACGAGGGCAUCAAGGACCUGGUGGAGAUCACGCUGAAGAAGAUGGACCACGACCACGACGGGAAGCUGUCGUUCCCAGACUACGAAGCAGCCGUGAGAGAAGAGGCUCUUCUGCUGGAGGCAUUUGGACCGUGUCUGCCUGACCCAAAGAGCCAGAAAGAAUUUGAAGCCCAAGUAUUCAAAGACCCAAAUGAAUUUGGUGAGGUGUGAAUUCCCAAAUAUCUUGCUGUCUCAAGUGAGUAAAAAAAAGAGGCGCGUG